CCGAGACUCAGGUGGCACGGGGAGGCAGGCAGCGAGUGUGAGUUGGACAGUGGCAGGCGGGAGUGGCCCCAACGCUGAGCUCUCCACGAUCGAUAUUUACCUUGGCAGUAUCAGUCGUCAGAGGGUGUGAGCAGGGCAGCAGCAAGACACGGCCCUGGACGAGUGUGUGACGCGAUGCUGAGCUGAGCGCUGACCUGCUGCCGGGGAAAGAGAGCGAGCGAACGAACGAGCGAGCGAGAACACCCCUUGGAGAUAGAAACGCGAGCAAGGCCAAACAAACAGAAGAUUCUAAGUAAGAGGAAGAGUAAGAGGUCGAGAAAGUCACCGCCUCAAGCCCGCAUGAAUGGUAGCACAAGUUGAACGCGCUGAGUCGCGAACAUGGGCGGUGAAGGGAGGGCGUGAGGCGAGCUCCCAUGCGCCCCUGCUACCAGUACCCGGUGUGCAUGUCAAUGAGGGACUCACGCUACCGGGCGGCGUCCACCAGAGGAACCUGUGAUUCAAGGUGUUGAUCAGAGUGCCUAGAGCGGGCGGCGGCGGGGGUGGAGGCGGUGGCGGCGGCGGCGGUGGUGUUGUUGGCGGUGGCUCUCCCCUGACCGUGUUGGUAACCUCAAGUGACACGUGUUUGACCCCCGAUGACCUGGAAGAGGACUCCCCGCUGGCGCCAUGUAGAGCAGGCGACCUAGCCAUGUUGUCCUCGCCCGCCGUGAUCGAAGUGCCGGUGGAAGCCACUGCGUUCCUGGGGGCCGUCGCCGCCUUCGUGGUGUUCCUCUUCGUCCUCUUCCUGUACCUCAACAAAAAACUCUGCUUCUACACCGUCGGAAACUUCCCCUGCUGCGACGACCCGGUCACCAAGCCGGACAAGCUCAAGGAACUAGGCGCGGCAUACAACUAUGGCGAGGGGGAGAGUUCCAGUGAUAGCGAGGAGGAGGCGUCAAAGAGGCUUUCCUCCUCCAAGAGCUUCCCGUCAGGCCUGCGCGACAAUCACCACCCUCACGCCAGCCACAACUCCAACUACCACGCGUACAACCACUAUGGUCACCACAACUACCACCAGUUUGGCCCCUCGCGCUCUCCUUCCCAGUACUCGGCUCCGGAAGAUGGGGUCGCGUCGCAUGGUCGGGGCGACACCUUCACGGGGUGUGAUGCUAAUGCCGACCUCAUCUCCCUCGCUGAGAAAGGCCGGGCAGGCGUCUCUGGCGAGGAGGAGCCUGUGGGGGUGGGUGUGUCCUCCUCCUCUGCCUCCUCCUCUGGCUCCACCACCAGCGGGGACGACGACCUUCUAACCCACCGGGCGCUGCGACACAGGGACCCCAGGGCAUACCGGCAGAUGUCCCCUGGCCGCUCCCCCUAUGAUGGCACCUACCACCAGGAGAGUCGGGAGGAUGGCACGGUGGGGGAGGCGCUGCUGGUGAGGUGCGGCACCAUUGAGGCGGGCUUUGCUUACGACCUUCCCACCAGGACCCUCACUGUGCACAUCCUGCAGGCCAAGGAAGUCCCCAGCAAAGAGAGAGGAGGAGCAGCAAACACACAGGUUCGAGUGCUGCUCCUCCCCGCCAGGAAGCAGAAACACAAGACACGCAUCAGACCAGGGGAGACUCCACAGUUCAAUGAGGCGUUUGUGUUCACCAAAAUUAAUCCAGAGGAGGUACAGCAGCUUGGGGUUCGGCUGCGGCUGUACGGGUGUGAACGGAUGCGACGGGAGAAGAUGCUUGGGGAGGUGAUCGUUCCCUUUGCCUCGAUCAACCUCACCCUAGGCAACACCUUCUGGCUCACCCUGGAACCGCGGGCAAACCUGGCUGUGAGUCCUCAUCGGUCAGAAAGCCGGACAGAAGUUUGCAGCCUGACCCGUAGUGACUCCACUGGCUCCACCCACUCAGUGCACAGCGGGGUGCCAGAGCUGCUCCUCGGCCUCACCUACAAUGGCACCACGGGCAGGCUGGCAGUGGAGGUCAUCAAGGGGUCGCACUUCAGGAACAGUGAUGAUUUCAGGAACUCUGCCAACACACGUGCACCCGACACCUAUGUCAAGCUGGUCCUCAUGUCCUCCAGUGGGCAGGAGAUAGCACACAGCAAGACCUCAGUGCGGCGAGGCCAGCCCAAUCCUCUCUUCAAGGAGACGUUUAUGUUUCAGGUUGCGCUGUUCCAGCUGCCUGAUGUGACACUGAUGGCCUCAGUGUACACCAAAAGGAGCAUGAAGAGGAAGGACAUGAUAGGCUGGUUUGCUCUUGGGUUGAACAGUUCUGGAGAGGAAGAACUUACUCAUUGGAACCAAAUGAGGGACUCUAGAGGGGAGCAGGUGUGUCGCUGGCAUGUCCUUCUUGAGUCAUAGGUGGCAAGUGGAGUCCUGUUUUGUUUUUCCAGAGGUUUGGUAUACGUAAUUUACUUGACCAAGGGGGGGGGACAGUGAGGUUGUUUUGACGCUACUUUUUGGCUGCCAUUUUUUGUGCUGCCCACAGAGGGGAGUCGAGUGUCCCUUCCUAGGGUCUGGCUUCACUGCCUUGAGUCUCUCCUUCAGUUGUGGUUGUUUGGCCUGUGUAUCAGUGGUUCUUGGCUUCUUGAGGUUGUUCUAAAGGCCUGCACUCCUCCCUGGUGUUCAGCUGCACCACUUUGAAUCUCUCCUUCUGUUGGUUUGGUCUCAGAUUGUAGGUGGUUUUUGGCAUCUUUGUGAGAUUCAGGUUGGUGAUGAACAGGCUGUGGGACUGCAGGCACUGUCUCAGUGUUGCUGUGUCUGGUAUCUUGUAGUUCUGCUCAAUUUCACAUCAAGUGGAUCCCUGAUGUGAAGAGGAAAGUUCAAGCUCAUAAAACAUUGCAGAAAUAUGAGAAAUUACAAAAGAAAUUACAAUACAUAAAUAGAUCAUAGCAAGUUGCUGAAGUUUCUGAUAUAUAAUAUACUUAAAAUAAUAUGUACUUCAUAAUGAAGCUGAUCUUGGAUUGUCUUGAGCCCAAACCAUAACAAUUCAAGGUAUGUAAAAUAUGAAGGUGGAGCUGGUCUCCUUUCAGAUGUCGUCCUGUAACUGUACCUCUUGAUGUUGUGCUUCACAUUCAGUUUUAGCUGUAGGAGAGGGCUCUGCCAACCCUCCCAUGACAACGAGUAGGGAUGAACAUGGACAGGGUGCUGCUUCAAUUCUUUUUUGCUCAUUCCCUUCCAGUGCUGUGGGUUUGGGGUUUCCUUUGUGCUGCUCUCAGAGUUUGUCUUGGAUUCUUAAGGAAUGUACACCCAGAAGGAAAGGUAUCCACACCUCUGUGACUGACUGAGCUCAUGUUGUAUCAGCAGGAUGACUGCCUCCGACUGUGUCAUGCAUCUCAUCAGCCAUGAUACGUCCUCAGUGAACACUGCAUACAUGUGUUGCAUUGAGGAGCCACACUCAGCAUCUCUUAAACCAGUCAGAUCCAGCUGUGAAAGUUGGACUUUUACUUGAGUGUACCCACUUGUACUUUUGUGGAAUGGUGUCUUUACUUGGUCAAGGCCACUUUGUUCAAUCCUCUUGGAAUUUGCUUACUGUUACUGCCAAAUCAUUGGAUGGUCCUUAGAGAUGCACUGUCAUGCAUCAUCAGGGCUCUGAAUAUGUAUCAUAUAAAGUACCAUAUAACAUGAUGAAGGGUGUCCAUGUCAUAGUGGCUGUGGGAGUCCACAUGCCCUAGUGAUAACUAGACUUCAAUGUGCUUGCAUCAACUUUACCAUUAUAGUGUAACAAGCACAGCAGCAGCAGCAGCAGCAGCAGCAUCUUGUGUAUAGUUUCCCAGUGUGGGCACUUUUGCAACUACAGUUUAAUUGUCUCAUAGUUACUGGUUACAAUAGCUGAAAAUGUUACAUGUAUAUGAUGGAAAGUAGCCAGUUGUAGGCCAGAAUCUCUGCUCUGCAUCAUCCAGUAGAGGCGACAGCAAGUCCACAAAGUGUUCAUUACUCAGUCUGAGAAAGUGGGUCUGGAGAAGCUUGUAAUAUGCUCUAAGAUCUUGCAAUACCUGUUGAAGAGAGAUUUUGCUGGCAUUAUUAGCUGUAGUUUUCCUUGUAUUAGAUUUUCUUUGAGCUUCUAUUGUUCUUUAAUUUUGAACUAAUAUUAUUGACUUAAAGCAGUUUUGCACUAGACGAUCAAUGAAUCAAAGAAACGACCUCUGAGUGUUCAAUUACAUGUUAGUAAGAGAAGUGACAAUCAGGUCUUUUGUAAAAAUGUUUUCAUGUGCCAAGAUUGGUAAAAUAGAUUUGCAAAGUCACUGCAACAAAGUAACAUGACAUAUUUCAAAUUAGGUCUCCCUGCCAUGGCCAGCAGUAUAGGCCUCAGGUGCAGAAACAUUGGUCUUGUAAGGAAGAUGCAGCUCUUCCAUCAAAGCUUCACUUUGCCUUGCCACAAUGUACUUAAGCCUCAGGCCUCCCAGGUGUUCAUGUCUCCUCAUCAGUUGUACUGGUUGUGCUGGUGGGACACCUUUACUGGAUAGCCUUGCCUUUCAGUACCUUAUGAAAAUUCUGGACACAGGUCUUGUGAUAUAAAACUCCAUUGUGACAUGUAAAUUGAACUUCAUAUUGUCUCUGUUUUCCAUUCUAUGCUCUGAUAUAACUCAGAUUUGCAGUUUUAAUUCUUUUGUAAACUAUUAUUUGUGCUUAUUCUAUUGAAAGCAACUUACAGUGAUGCAUUCCAAAAUAACACCUCAGGGAGGACAGGAGACCCUGCAGCACUAGGGGUCACUAAUAUGGAAGGGUAUCUCAUGCUGUCCAGACAUAAGGGAGCAUGCAUUUCCUGGUCUCUUUUUGGUUCAGCUUCAUAUCAUUAGAGACUGGAAAGUGAUUGGUGAGAUAUCUUCCUGCAUGUAACAUUAUUUCAUUUAUGCAGAGAAAGGAAGACUGAAAAAAAAUAAAGGUGUAGUUCAUUUGCUGCCUUUUAGGAUAGAAAACAUAAAAGGCAUUGUCAGCAUGUACAAAAUUUUCAUUUAUAAUUAGAGAAUAUGAAGCAGAGAUGAGCUUAUGGAACUGAACUGUCAUGACCUUAGUGGCAAUUUAGGUGUGUUUUGAAGUAGGGAUGAAAAAAAAUUGUUGAUGCAAUCAUUAAGGUUUAUGACUAUGAGAAGAAAUGUGUUGAUGGGUUUAACGCCUUACUGUUUAAAGCCCAGAUUAUAGGUAAAAUGUUAAACAGUCUUGUAUAGGUGAAUCAUCAUCAGUUUUGAGUACUAAGGAUGAUUUGCUGCAGACAUGGAGUUACCAGAAGAAACUAGAGUUUUUACUUACUUAAGAUGUCUUUUAGUUUUUAGAAAAUACACCUUAUUUGUUAUAGAUUUCCACAUAUUGCAAUGAUGAAACCUUAUGACAUUAACCCCAACAUUGGUACUGUUUUAUAUGAUUUCUGCUUCCAAAAGGAUUUUAUUUCAAGCUUGUAUAAAAGUAAAUUUUAAAGUAUUUUAACAUAUUUGGACUGUAUUUUGAAAGAAAGGAUUAGGGAAAACCAUACAUAUGUGUGCAGAAGGAUAGAUUCCUGUGCUCCUGGAGAAUCAGUGUGAUGUGUUGAGACAAGGCAAGGAAUGCUCACAAGCCUCCUGAUGUCGGAGAUGACGAGACACGUUUGUGGAUGGGUGUGGGGGGACCACCGAGGCAGGAGCCGGGACUGCCACACCCUCCUGACUCUGUGUACUUGUGAGAAAGUCUUUUGUGCUUGUUACUUUAAAAAGUGUACAUUUCUAGUGUUAAUUUAUUUUUGUACUGACAUUUCAAUAUAAGUCUGUACAUAUAUCAAUUUAUCGUCAUUUUGCAACACAUUCACUGAAUAUGUUGGAGGAUCUAGAUAGAACAGACUUACGCUCUAUAUCAGAGGCAUAUACAUAUACAUAUACAUAUAUAUAUAUAUAUUAUACAUAUAAAUAUACAUCGUGUAUGUACAUACUGACUGCUGUUCACAUUUCUCUCCCUUGCUCCCAUCGCCAGUACGCUUAUUUGACACCCAGCACCAACUCUUGCUAUUAUCUGUAGACCUUGGCUGGCCUUGGCUCUAGACUGGCCACCAUAUGAAGCAAACAGCUGUAAGGCAACACUACUCUUCUGUCACUUGUAACUCAAGGUCAAAGUAAAAAUGUUUGAUAUUUUACAUGUGAAACUGAUGAUAUUUUUACUCCAUUCUUGUCAUUGGAUGUAAGUUGAAAAUCUCACUACUUUGUAUAUGUACUAGUAGAUAUGCCACAGUGUAUGAAAGGCCUAUCAAUUUCUAAGGUUGAGGAGCCAAGGUCCCCAGGUAAUGAGAUAGCCUGGUGCUGGGACUAUGAAAGUGAUGCCAUACUGUUUGAGCUGUUAUUAAAAGCACAUCUCGUGGGCCAUGUGCCCGUGUGCCCGUGUUUGUAAUGUAUCUUGAAUGGUUGGUACCCUAGAAACUAGAUGUCGUGAUACUUGAAUAGCUUGAUAGCAACAUUCAAUGCAACUACUGAUAAAAUAAACUGGCGUAUUUGUGUUGGGAGUGAUCCAGUCUGUGAUCUUCACGCUCAUACUCUGGCAUCCAGGCUUUACUAAUGCGAUGGAGACUACUGAGUGUAGGGAAGAAACUUUUGUUUUGAUGUCGACAAGUUGGAUGUUUACAUGAGGUUAUGUACUCAUAUGUUUAUGUGUAAUUUAUUGUUUUAAAAAAGGGUAUAAGAAGAGUAUUAAUAUUGGUGUCGUAUAUUUGAAGAGGUUGUUGGUGCAUGCUGCAGUAUGUUUUAUUUGAUUUUUCAAAGUUACAUGGCCUGAAGUACUAUGGCUGUUUGCUGGUUGGUUUUCACACACGUGGUCAUUUCAAGAAUUUUUAUCAUUGUUACAAUAUAUUUACUCAGAAAGUUUA